AUGCCAGGAUCGCAGUCAACGUCGAACCCACCGUCGAGCGCGGCGCCGAGCGCGGCUGCGAACGCGCCCGAACCCGCGAUAGUCCCAAAGGAGAAAAGCGCCCGGAUUGCGGUGGCACCAUCGCAUCCCGCGGACGGCGAUACGAGUGGGGAGGAGGAUGGAGCGGAGGAGGAAGCCGCCGUGGAGGAUGCGGAGAUCCUCGAGGACUUGCCGGAUGACACGCAGGAAAUAGAGCUCGUGCAUUCGCGGUUGAGUUCAAUCAGCAAGCUCGGGCUACAACGGUUCGGUCCAUAUCUGAAGAAGCUAUGUCUAAGACAGAACUACAUAUCGGUCUUGGAUCCGGAGAUUCUGAAGACACUCGUGGUGCUGGAAGAGCUCGAUUUAUAUGACAACAAGGUCAAACACGUUGGCGAGGGAUUGGACGAACUUAGCAAUCUCUUGGUGCUCGAUCUCUCAUUCAAUCUGUUGCGCCAUGUGCCAGAUACCUUGUCGAAAUUGAGCUCUCUAAAGACCGUGUAUUUCGUGCAGAACAAGAUCGCGCAUAUCACUAACCUCGAGGGCGUCGGACGGACACUGCGAAGCCUCGAAUUGGGCGGCAACAGAAUCCGAACAAUCGAGAAUUUAGAUGCGCUUGAGAUUCUGGAAGAGCUUUGGUUGGGCAAGAACAAGAUCAGUAAACUCGAGAAUUUGGGAAGAUUGAAACGUUUGAAGAUAUUGUCUAUUCAGUCGAACCGCAUCACGAAACUUGAAGACUUGGAGAACCUAGAGAAUCUGGAGGAGUUGUACCUCAGCCAUAAUGGUAUCGAGCGUCUGGAGGGUCUCGAGCAUAAUCUCAAGCUUCGUACUCUGGAUAUCGGAAACAACUUCGUUCCCGCACUGGAGAACAUUUCACAUCUCAUCAAUCUAGAAGAGCUAUGGAUCAACGACAAUAAGAUCACUAGUCUUACAGAUCUAGAGCCACAGCUGAAGCAUGUCGCAACUCUGGAGACAAUCUAUCUUGAAGGUAACCCAUGCCAGAAGUCUGAGGGAUCGAGCUAUCGAAGGAAGGUGGUCCUCGCUUUGCCGCAAGUGAAGCAGCUAGAUGCGACAUUCGUGAAACAAACAUGA